GUCGCGGCGGGCUGUUUGAAAUGGCGGCCGCCGACUAGAACGAGCCGGGUGGGACCGAGGCGCGGGGCGGCGGUUGCCAUGGCGACGAGGCAGCUGGCCAGGCAGCUGGGCAUUAUUCGAAGUGUUUCUAAACCCUCUCCUGGUGGCCAAAGUCACAACCAACGCAAGCUGCGGCAACUGUUUGACUACUUAAUAAUUAUUGAUUUUGAGUCCACCUGCUGGAAGGAUGGCCGAAGAUGUCAAGAAAUAAUUGAAUUUCCAGCAGUUCUCUUAAACACCUCAAAUGGAGAAAUUGAGACUGAAUUUCAUAUGUACAUCCAGCCCCAGGAACAUCCGACUCUCUCUGAAUUUUGUAUUGAGCUAACUGGAAUAAAACAGAAUCAAGUUGACGAAGGAGUUCCUCUGCAUAUAAGCCUAUCCCAAUUUUCCAAGUGGAUUCAGAAAAUCCAGAAGGAGAAAAACAUUAUUUUUGGUUCGACUUGUGCUGCCCCCGAAGAAAAAUUAUGUGCCUUUGUUACGUGGUCAGACUGGGACCUGGGAAUUUGCCUGCACUACGAAUGUAAAAGAAAACAGCUACGGAAGCCUGAUAUUUUAAAUUCUUGGAUUGACUUACGGGCCACGUACAAGAAUUUUUACUCUAGGAAGCCACAAGGUUUAAAUGGUGCACUGAAAGACGUGGGCAUCCUAUUUCAAGGACGGGAGCACUCUGGACUGGAUGAUUCUCGGAAUACCGCUCGCCUCGCUUGGAAGAUGAUUCGCGACGGGUGUGUAAUGAAAAUCACAAAAUCCAUCGAUAAGGCACCUCCAGCAAAGAGUUCCAUCGCCAGAUUUGGGGGUGAGAAACCCACCCAUGGUGGCCCUUUGGGAAUCAACCCUCUUGUCAAAGCAUCACCUUUGGGUGAAAGGGAAAAUGAAGAUCCUCCAGAAAUCAAAAAGAAAGAGGAAGAUCCACUGCAAGAGACAGUUCACAUCGGCUUGUUUGAGGACCCACGUCUUAUGUCUAGAAACAGCAAAAAGACUGAUGAACUUUGUAGAACCACAGAGAACCUAAUCUCGUCCUUGGGAAGACUCCAUUGGCCUCUGGGUAAUCUUCAGCACCCCUGCUAUAGACCUUCAGGUUGGGGAGACAAGGGGCAUCUAAUUUCAAACCUUUCUAGACCCAAUCAAGGGCUAGUUUUGGUCCCCACGACUCUUUCCACCGUCAACAUUUCCGAGACUGACAUCAGCACCACUCCAGAGUGUCUAUCUUUGUUGGCCGAUUGGGAGGACGUGGCCAUCAUUCCAGAAAAGGAAGAUGGCCCAGAUGCAGAAUCCUUGCCAUCAAAAGAUAAUCCUCCACCCAAGAGGUCAUUAGCGACAGAAGAUAGGAACAAACUAAUGAACUGGGCAGCUGAAAAUAUGCUAGAUGCUCCUCCGAGCACAGAGCUCUCAAAAUCUAUUGUCUACAAGAGUCCAAAUACAACUGUUUAUAACGUGGGCAGAGCGCCAAACAAAGCUUCGGAUGCUUCUACGUUUAAACUCCCUGUUGCGACGACAGAGGUAUCUUCCCCCAACCCACCGGAUAGAAAUCGUCCGGCAUCUUCAACCGAGGCCAUCAAAAGGAAGCCCUCCAGCCCCAAAUCUUUGCCUCCGACCAAAAAACCAUCGUUCAGAAUCUACAAGGACGGAAGCCCGACAUCGAGCAGCUUCCUGUUGCCCGGGGCAAAUCCGUGCGGCGUCUCUCCUGCCCUCUUGAGCUCUUCGGGCAAUUUCAAGCCAACUUUUAGGGCAGCCGAAACCGGGAAGAUGACCCCUCCGCUCUGCGAGUGUGGCCGAAGAGCUAGAAGGUUGAAUGUUUCAAACGGUGGCCCUAAUCAGGGCAAAGGAUUUUACAGCUGCCCGGUGAGAAAAUGCGAAAGGAACACGAAGGGCUGCAACUAUUUUCGAUGGGAAGAUUCACUUAUAAAGGAGAAAAUGGCCCUUCCAACUUUGACUUUAGAGGCUGGGGGCUUAAAGCCUUUAAAAACUCAAGGCCCCUCCCUGGGAAUUGUUAAGUGCCUGCGUCUCCGGCCUUCCAUGCGAAACUAAGCAGAUUUUUUCCCCCUGCUUUUUAUUGGGGAAAUUGAGUAUUUCACCUCUGUAAAGUUAGUGUUCUUUUCUACAAAGUAUAAUUAGAAGUAUCGCCGAAGUUGUGUGUGCACUGAGCAUCUGGUCUCGUCUGAAUGCAACACAACAAAUUGUCUUGUCUUUUAAGUGUGUUCUUUCUCUUCUGUGUUCUAGGCUCCUAAGCUCGAUUAUUAUUAUUAUUAUUAGGAAUUGUGUUGUCUAUACUUUAAAUCAGUAAGUCUGACUACUGAGCAAUUGUUUUUUUUUUUUAAAGAACUGGCUUGUAAAACUUGCAUCAUGCUUUUAAACGUUCAUUUAAGAAUAUCUUUGAUUCUGAGAAAUGAAAUAAAACGAACUCUUUCUGCCUCCCACUCAAAAAAAA